AGUGCCACUUCCCUUUCUAUUAUAACGUCUACUGUUAAUAUGGUCAGAUAUUACUUCUACAAAGGCAAAAUGCCGACAAACCCGAAAGAUUUACAGGAUAUGGUGGCUCUAGCAUACCAAACCGCAAGGGAUAUGAAGCUUUAUCCGCGGGCAAUAUUGAUCAGAUCUAAACAUCACAAAACAACCACCAUCAACGGCAAGACUGGAGAAGAUCCGAAAGGCUGGCAUUUGACAUUUUGCUACAAGGACAACAAACAACUCAUCAACAACACACACACCGCAUGUCAUGGAUACACGAAAGACGAGUUUUCUUGGGAGCUUAUUGAGUCCACGCACGCGGGCGACAAGCCAGAUUCUGUAAAGCGCAGAUUCGCGAAGAAAUCCAGUGUUUGGCCAGGUCCUGCAGAGCUAGAUGAAGCCCCGGAGAUAGGGUACGGCCAUUUUCCACAAAGCUAAUGUUAAUAUGUGGACAUUUUGUUGUUUCCCUUUAUUGAUGAAUGUGUGUUGUAGCUGCAGCUGAAU